ACACACACACACGACAGCGAUUUCCAAACACUCUUUCUGCUUUAACUUCCUAAUCCCGUGCCUGUUCAGGAAGGGCCUCCGAAUAAGUCUCCGGCGUGGGUUGGGGAGGGGGGGUUCGAGUGCCUAGUGCAUCUCCGGCCCUGCUCUCCCUCCUCCAACCGCCUCCCUACUCUGCAACACGUAAGCAUCACGAAACCUCCUGCGAAACAUCUGGAUGGGGACUCGUGUCCCAACAUCUGGGCAACUACCGCCAAGGCUGACUUCUAGGGAACGAGUGCGGAAAUGCAUGCGGGUGCGGGAACGCACCACUCAGUAGGGUAGGACCUCUCCCAGCGCUCGGUCACUGCAGUAUUCUUCCCACCGUCUGCUCCUGUCACCAGCCCCUAACUCCGCCCCUCUGGGCCCGCCCCUUGUUCCGCAGCCAAUGGCAAUCCCCGACCGCCCUACACCGCCCAGAAGCCUUUCCACACCCCCACGUCUUGGGAGAGGGUUGGCUGCUGAGAGCUCGGCGAAGUGCCUGUAUUUGCAUGGCGUUCGGGAUUUUUGGUAGGUAGAGCAGCCCGUCACUCUGGAAGGCCGGGACCGCCCACUCCACCUCGGUCCCCAGCUCUCUUCCUGCGCAGUUCGCCUCCGCAGCCUCUGCGGGGAAGUGCCGGGGCUGCUCCAGGCUCAGUUCUUAGGACUGCAAGGAGGCAGCCCCGGCGUGCGGCGGCGCGCACCGUCUAGAGUGGCCAGGGCGCGGGAGUGCAACGUCCUCCAGGCCCCGAGCGCGUCGUCGCGCCCCAGGAGCAGACCCUCGGCCAGCAGUUACCGCCGUCCCGACUUUGCGUUGCAGUUGCAGCUCCUGCCGGGCAAUAUGUCAAGAGCCGCCGCCGCUACAGCUGCCGCCGCCACCUGGGGAAGAGCAGCAGCAGCAGCGGCGGCCGCGGGCACGCGGGGGCAAUAAACCCAGCCACACAGGCGUCCAGCGGGCCGGGAAACCCUCUCUGCGCUCACUGCCUGGCGGGACCCACGCCAUGUGCUGAGCCAUGCCCCUGGUCGCGCCCGCGGGCAGCGCAUGGGGCAGCGCCUGAGUGGCGGCAGAUCUUGCCUCGAUGUCCCCGGCCGGCUCCUACCGCAGCCGCCGCCGCCCCCGCCGCCGGUGAGGAGGAAGCUCGCGCUGCUCUUCGCCAUGCUCUGCGUCUGGCUCUAUAUGUUCCUGUACUCUUGCGCCGGCUCCUGCGCCGCCGCGCCGGGGCUGCUGCUGCUGGGCUCCGGGUCUCGCGCCGCACACGCCCCGCCAGCCCUGGCCACAGCUCCGGACGGGACGCCCCCCAGGCUGCCGUUCCGGGCGCAGCCAGCCACCCCACUGGCUUCAGGCAAGGAGAUGGCCGAGGGCGCUGCGAGCCCUGAGGAGCAGAGCCCCGAGGUGCCGGACUCCCCAAGCCCCAUCUCCAGCUUCUUCAGUGGGUCUGGGAGCAAGCAGCUGCCGCAGGCCAUCAUCAUCGGCGUGAAGAAGGGCGGCACGCGGGCGCUGCUGGAGUUUCUGCGCGUGCACCCCGACGUGCGCGCCGUGGGUGCGGAGCCCCAUUUCUUCGAUCGCAGCUACGACAAGGGCCUCGCUUGGUACCGGGACCUGAUGCCCAGAACCCUGGACGGGCAGAUCACCAUGGAGAAGACGCCCAGUUACUUCGUCACGCGGGAGGCGCCCGCGCGCAUCUCGGCCAUGUCCAAGGACACCAAGCUCAUCGUGGUGGUGCGGGACCCGGUGACCAGGGCCAUCUCGGACUACACACAGACGCUGUCCAAGCGGCCCGACAUCCCCACCUUCGAGAGCUUGACGUUCAAAAACCGGACGACGGGCCUCAUCGACACGUCGUGGAGCGCCAUCCAGAUCGGCAUCUACGCCAAGCACCUGGAGCAUUGGCUGCGCCACUUCCCCAUCCGCCAGAUGCUCUUCGUGAGCGGCGAGCGGCUCAUCAGCGACCCGGCCGGCGAGCUGGGCCGCGUGCAGGACUUCCUGGGCCUCAAGCGGAUCAUCACGGACAAGCACUUCUACUUCAACAAGACCAAGGGCUUCCCCUGCCUGAAGAAGGCGGAGGGCAGCAGCCGGCCCCACUGCCUGGGCAAGACCAAGGGCAGGACCCACCCUGAGAUCGACCGCGAGGUGGUGCGCAGGCUGCGCGAGUUCUACCGGCCUUUCAACCUCAAGUUCUACCAGAUGACCGGGCACGACUUUGGCUGGGAUUGAACAGACCAGGGCUGUGUACCUUACCCACGUGGCUUAUCUAUUGACAGAGAUUAUAUGUAUGUAAAAUGUACAGAAAUCUAUUUUAUAAUAAUUUAUUUUUAAUUCAUAAGCAAUUAAUUCACUAAGCUGCCUAGCCACACUCUUGAGAGAGUUAGCUUCAUAAUCUGUUAACAUUCCAAAGUGUUUAACUCUAAAAUUUUGUUCUCUUCCUCACAAUUGAUGGUGCUUCCAUUUCUUUCUUCUCCCCUACCUGUUAUAUUUAAAACAAAGAAAAGCACAACUUGAGAUUUUUGUUGUUACGGGUAUUCAGCCUUCAGUCACCGUCUGAGUUUUCCAGUUGCUGCCUCCUUGUCUUGUCUUGGGUGUCCCAUUCCAGCUUCCCUGUCUCUUCCUGCCUGUGUACCUCGUAGGAACGCUGAGCUGCCUCAACAGGGCUGUAUUCUGAAGGGCAGACCUCAUGUAGCAGCCUCCUUGCAGAUGUGGGUCCAAUGAUGUAGCCUGAAAGCCACAGGGCUAGGGUUCUGUCCCCACCUCCAUUCAGUACAUGGAGAAAUCUCUCACUCCCUUUACAAGGACAUCCACAUCCUUUAUUUUAUUUUAUUUUAUUUUUUGGAGAUGGAGUCUUAUUCUUGUUGCCCAGGCUGGAGUGCAAUGGCGCAAUAUGGGCUAACCACAACCUCCGCCUCCCGGUUCAAGCAAUUCUCCUGUCUCAACCUCCCAAGUAGUUGGGGUUACAGGCAUGCACCACCACACCUGGCUAAUUUUGUAUUUUUAGUAGAGACAGGGUUUCUCCAUGUUGGUCAGGCUGGUCUCGAACUCCCGACCUCAGGUGAUCCGCCUGCCUUGGCCUCCCAAAGUGCUGGGAUUACAGGCGUGAGCCACUGCGCCCGCUAUCCACAUCCUUUUAGAGUCAAAUUGCUAGGGUCCAUUGACUUCAGCUUUUGAUUUUUGAAGGAUGGCCCUGUAUCCUCCUCUGCCCCAUUCCCUGGUUCAUUAACCAGUUUGAAGUGCAUGCAGAUUGUUGCCCCUUCUUUCCAAGGUCACAUGUGUGAGAUGCUUGGGUGCUGCUUCAGAAAUCAAGAUGAUCUCCUUUAAUUUGCAUGAAACUACACCAUGCUGCGUUCCCCAGGCAGACAGUUCUGCUUUGACACACCAAAGAAUCCCGUAGGCUAGCAGAGCCGCCGGCACAAACCAAGGGCGCUGGGUGUCGAGACUCAGAGGGGUCAGCUGUGUCCCUCGGCAUCAGUGUCUACCAAGGUGCUGCUAGGUACAGAGCCAGCCAGUGUUGGGCAGCAGGCUCACAGCCUCAAUAGGCAGAAAGGACAAAGGCCUCAAAAGGACAGGCAGCCUGGCAGAGGAAGGGAGUCUGACACCUCAGCUUGAUGUGUCUUUGGAAUUCCUAGCUCAUCUCAGAAUGAUCUCUCAGAGUGAUAAUAUGGGUGGUAGCCAGUGGCCAAACAGCAAGAACUAAGAGUAGCCCUUGUAAAAAAAAAAAAAAAAAAGGUUGGGAAAGCUGGCCCCAUGUUGCCUGUAAACCCUUGAGCCUGAUGCUCAUACAACUGUCCCUUGUUUUAGCCAGGUCUUGACAGAAGGGUUAGCAGCACUGUCACUGAUGUGCAGAAUGCUCUCCCCGUGCCUCUCUGUUGGUUUAUAACAGUUGGGUAACCAGAUAGCAAUAUAGUGGCAAUUGAGUAGCCAUAUAGUAAUACAGGGGCAGUUGGUUAAACAUAUAGCAAUAUCACAUAAUGACAUGUUUAAUUUAACCUCAGUUUUUUAAACCUUUUAAACCAGAAUGCGUCUACCGUAAAAGAAUUGUGAUUUCAGUUAUACUUCCAUCAAGGAAUAUGUGGGAAGAUAUACAUAUUGUCAAAAUGGUUGGGAUGGGAUAGUUACAAAGGACCCUUCUGUAUGUUGUAUGGGAUCACUUGCCUGGUAGUAUAAGAAACAUUGUAUGAAAAGAGGAAAAGAUAAUUCAUUUUUGGAAAUUGAUCAGAGAUGUCACUGGUCUUUAAGUGAUGUCUUGAAAAUCCGGUUUGUAUUUGCCCAAAAGUUUUAGCCUACAUCUAACUAGCUUACACUUAGCAACCAAACCAUCAUUGUGUAAGUUCUGUUUUGGAGGAAGCUCAUGGGGGAUCUGCGCAUGUCAGGUUUCUCCCUGUUCUCCAAUGCUAUAUCCAUUUCUUAGCUUUUCCACUGUCUCCAGAAAGUAAUGUGGGACCUGCACUUAGGGAAAUACCCGAAUCAUAGUGUGGUUCUGCCUUCUUGAUGAGUGGGUGUGAAAAACACCUGCAAAAGGGUGCUAAUUGGUCGUGCAUUUUUUCAUUUAUUUGAAAUCAAACUGAGAACACCUCUUUUCAGUUUACAGCAUAACUUGGCUUGAAGUAAAAGGCAGUAUCCAAGUCUUUUACCUGGUCUUGCCCUGUCUAAUUUCUGACCACUCGGAUGGUCUGAUGUGGCUGUCGAUGUGGAACUACGGAAGAGUUGAGAGAAGAGUAUGCAACAAAGCCAUAGGAAAACACGCAGGAGCUUUCCCCUCCCCUUCAGGGCCCCGCCCUCUUUCCAAGCUGGACAAUGUUUUAUUAAAUUCUUUAUUCCCUGCCUUAAAACUGAAACAGGAAAUUUUUCUGGUAGAAGGAGGGUCAUUUAGUCAUGAACACUGAAGUGAGUCAAAAUUCUAUUCUGGGUCAAAUCCUUGAAUUCCAACAGAUGUCCAUAAUUAGUACCGAUGGAAUACAGCAAGUUUUUCUAUGUAAGACAAAUCAAACAUCAUGUACAUCUCCUCAUAAGGGUCUGAUGGUUUAAAGUUCCUGACAGAUCUGGUGGCAGCAUCUGCCGGAGCUUGCACCCCGUCAUCUGACGGUCAUCUUCCUCCUGCGGAAGUUAAGUAACGUAAGCCUUAGAUUUCUCCCUGUUCUAGCAAUCUGCAAGACCACCAAGCUUAACUUUUUAGCUACCAGAAGACAAACACCCUUUUCUGUUUCGGCAAUUUGUCCUGGCAUGUGUUUUGGGCUUCCUCCAAUUUACAGGAAAAGCUCUGAUAUUCAUUGGAAUACUUCUUUUUUUUCCUCAGUUUUGUUUCUUUUCUCAUUUAAAAACAAACAAAAAGUUCAACAAAAAAAAAAUUGGGAGGUUUUUCUUGUUUCUAUCUAGUUCAUGCUUUCUUUGCGGUGUUUGAACAGUAGUCUGUUAACUUAGUAGGUGGUACCUGGAAAGGUAUUUUAAGUGUAGUGACUGUUUAACAAAUACUUAAUUGGAUGAUGGAGGAGGAGAAAUUGUUUUCUUCCCAGGAUUCUCUUUGGGGGUCAUUUUGAGUGACAGAUACAUUUUAGACAUUUAGAGAAACAGUUUCAGAUCCUGCCAGGAUAUUUUUGUAAAAAAGGAUAAUGGAAGGUUCCAAUAUACUAGAAACAGUACAUAUCUAAGACGCUGACACGGAAGCUAAUGUGACUUUUCUUUUCAGCUUGUCAAGAGGAUGGCCAAUAAAACUUAAAAGGUGUGGUUAGAUGGUUUUUCACUUUUGUGACAUUAAUUUAUCCCUGAGUAUCAUUCAACCCAGUAAUCUCAAAUACUGUGCAAAUUCUAGCAGUAUGUCUUUGAUAACUUGGAUGUUAGGAUAGCCAAUAUGUACAAAAAAUUAAAUCAAGUAUUUUGUCCUAUGUAUAACACAAAUUAAUUUUACACAGAGAAAGAUGUUUCUAGGCAAAUGAAAUUCUGGUAAUUCAUACUAUUUCUUUGUAUGAACAAAUAAAAUAUAUUUUGCCAACA